AUGACAACUCUAGCUGGAGCUGUCCCAAGAAUGAUGCGACCAGCUCCCGGGCAGAACUACCCUCGCAGCGGAUUUCCAUUAGAAGUGUCUACUCCGUUAGGCCAGGGCAGAGUCAAUCAGCUCGGUGGAGUUUUUAUCAAUGGCAGGCCUUUACCCAACCAUAUCCGACACAAGAUAGUGGAGAUGGCCCAUCACGGGAUCAGGCCCUGUGUCAUCUCUCGCCAGCUGCGCGUGUCCCACGGCUGCGUCUCCAAAAUCCUCUGCAGGUACCAGGAGACUGGCUCCAUCCGGCCGGGGGCCAUCGGGGGCAGCAAGCCCAAG